UAUGAACUCCCUCAUCCGUCGCGCCCCUAACUCGGCGUUGCCCGUAAUGCAGCUCACCCUCGACUUCGACGGCACACUAACAAAAAGAGACACUCUGCAUCUCCUCCACCAAGCCGCCAAACACGCCCGACCCACUGAAUCCCGCAAACUCACCCAGCAAUGGACAAACAUAGUCGAAGCAUACGUCCAGGAUCUCCAGAGCCACAUCGACAGAUAUAUGCCGGCAGCACCCACCCGUACCACCAUCGCCGCCGAAAGGGCAUUUCUCGCAAGUCUUGCAUCCGUCGAAGCACGUAGCAUCGCACGCGUAGCCGAUACCAAGGCACUGAAAGGUACCCGAAGUCAAGACCUUCAUCAUGUCAGCGCGGAUGUCGAGAUGCGGGUUGGCUGGUCCUCACUACUAACAUACGCUGCGAAGCACAGAGUUGACGUGCGUAUUCUCAGUGUAAAUUGGAGCGCGACAUUCAUCAAUGUCGCAAUACAGCACGCUCUCCAGAGCAUAAUUCCUUCAGAACUCAGGGAUGCUACUGCAGCUGUGCCUGCGGGACCAAUUUAUGGAGAUCAUGAUAAGUUGCUCCCUGUGAUAAUUGCGAACGAGCUCGAGGGUCUUCCGUUAGGCACUUCGACGGGCGUAAUUAAGGGACCAAACGGUGGCCGAGGCGUGCACACAUCUGCAGAUAAGCUGCACUACUUUGGUGUCUCCUCGAAAGACAAGGCCCCUGUCGUGUAUGUCGGGGAUAGCACUACUGAUCUCGAGUGUCUGCUCGCUGCGGAUGUAGGCAUUUGUAUCCGGGACGAGGAGAUUGGCAGUGGACAGAGGGCGCUGAUGGAGACGUUUGUACGACUGGGUGUGGGCGUCGUGCCACAUACGGAAUGGAGGAAGGCAAAGAAGGGUGAGGUGUUGCUGUGGGCUGGCGACAUGGCGGAUGUUACUGUGGUAGUCAAGGGUCUGCAUGGCGAAGAUGAAGCUGGCUGAGUGAGCUAUAGGAGGGACUUACGUAACAUGUCCAGAGGACGCCGUAGACUGAGUUCUCACAUAACACCUAUCUCCCUGUCCGAGAUGCUACGGAGGUCAGCAGUUCCCGGAUGGUGAGAGUGUGGAAGUUUGAGCUUUUGACCCGAGAGCGAACAUGAGCGGACGAGGUCAGAGUGCGAAACCCAUGCAUCAGUGUCCAUAAUAUGAAAUGAAGUUGAGGAUUC